AUGUCCAGAGUGGGGUUUACCAAACUAUUCUACCUCUCUUUCAAGCUUAGCAUCGGACAUAAGUCGCCAAACCAAUACUCGCCUCUUGGUACAGAAGUUCAUCUAUCGGAGUCACCUAGCUCCCCUGCAAUCUCACUAUCUUCAUCGUCUCCACACUACUCUACACCCAAAAGGCCAAAAUUGAAACCUAAUACCAAGCUCAAAUGCAUGGAAAUAAACUGUAAUAGUAUUCUGAACCCAGAAAGAGCAGCAAUCUUCAAGGCUACAGUCGAACAUCAUGCUCCUGAUGUCAUUUUUGGGUGCGAAUCUAAACUAUCACCUGACACGCCAACCGGUGCCUGCUUCCCCCAAGGUCACCCAGAGUUCUGUACUGAUGAUAGCAACGAAAGUGUAUGGGCCUCAAUCAAAUUACGUGGAAAUAAACUCCUGCAUUUGUGCUCUUUCUAUAAACCACCAAGUGCCCCAGUAUCACGCAUUGAUUAUAUCGCAGACAAUCUUGCUAAUCUUUACCAGAGAACAAGACGUAGCUGCCCGUCCGUUGUGGUCUAUGGGGAUUUUAAUGUUGGUGACAUAUAUUGGUCCACCGAUCCACCUACGCUGUUGAAUACUUCACCUUCAACAGCGGAUGCUGAAUACCUAUUAAACUUCCUAGAUGACUACUCUCUCACUCAGUCAGUGACACAAGCCUCUCGACCAGCUUCUGGUAAGACUCUUGACCUGGUCUUGUCUUCGGCACCUUCAUUGGUGACAAAUGUGCGGAUUCAUUCCGGCUUGAGCGACCAUGAUAUAGUAAUCUUUACAAUCAACGCUAAACCAUCUCGUGUAAACAAGCCGCCUCACAAGGUUCAUCUUUACAACCGCAUGAGCCUUGAGGGCUUUAAGGGUGCAGCUACAAGUAUCAAUCAGGAAUUCUUCAAUUCCAAUCCAGAUGCCCGUUCUGUAAAUGGAAACUGGGUGAUGUUUAAAACUUCUUUGGCUUCAGCUGUUGACACUUUUAUUCCAUGGAAGAUGACCAAAGCUAAAUCCUCCUUACCUUGGGUGACCAAGGCUAUCAAACGCCAAAUGAGAAAAAGGGAUAAAUUGCAUUCACUAGCCACCCACUCGAACAACCCCCCGAUUAAAGCAUCAUACAGAAAACAGCGCAAUAAAGUUGUGGAUAUGCUUCGGUCAUCACAUUCAAACUAUGUCAACAACGAGAUUGGAGGGAGCUUGGACUCCAACCCAAAACGGUUUUGGAAUUACGUCAAGUCUUGCAGAUCUGAAUCCAUAGAAGUUCCAACACUUCAGAGCAGUAAUAACCUCUAUGUCUCCAGUAAAGAUAAAGCGCAAGCCCUAAACAAUCAUUUUAAAUCUGUAUUCGUGGAUGAUGACGGUAUCCUACCUGAAAUUGGUUUAUCUGAUUAUCUGCCAAUUCCAUAUCUGUCAUUUGAUGUAAAUGGUGUCAAGAAGCAAAUUUGCAAUUUAAAUCCCAACAAAGCAUGUGGCCCGGACAAUCUGUCACCUCGUAUACUGAAGUGA